GGAGAUCAGCCCGAGGAAGGCCCACCUAGUGAUCAUUUGAAGAUAUCUCCCAUUUAGACGCUAGUGAAGACGCGACUGUGCGACGGAAUCAUAAGGGGACAAGUGGAAGGCAAUUUGAACAUCGUAGCUCGGCCAAGAUGGAUGUGUUUAUGAAGGGUUUGUCUAAAGCGAAGGAGGGGAUGGCUGUGGCUGCAGAGAAGACCAAGGAGGGUUGCGCGGUCGCGGCAGAAAAGACCAAAGAAGGAGUCAUGUUUGUAGGUAACAAGGCCAAAGACAGCGUGGGCAACGUGGCGGAGAGGACCACUGGAGCUAUGGGGAACAUCGUAGCUGCCACUGGUCUGGGGAAGAAGGACGAGUUCCCCUCUGACUUGAACCCUGAGGAGUAUGGACAGGAGGCCAUGGAGGGCCAGGGAGAGGCAAUGCUCGAGCCAGAAGGAGAGACAUAUGACGAGAGCCAGCAGGGGAGCCAGGAUUACGAGCCAGAAGCGUAA